GUCUGUGCAAUGGAGAUUGGAGAAUGAGAAGAAAAGGGAUUUUACUAUUUUAGCGAUUUAAUUACUCUGAAAAGGAUAGAGUUGGGGACGACAAAGAUUAGUCUGAAAAGUGACAGAAUUCGCUAUUUAAAAAUGCGAUUCCAUGUUUAAAGAACAUGCUCAUUGGCCACUGCGAUAAAUCCACCAGGUUUUCAUCAAAUUUUCGUUUCAGCUUUCGCCAUUUUUGUUACACCCACGUGCUUCCUUUUUCACGGGCUUCUCUUCUUCUUCUUCUUCUUCUUGAUCUCCAUGGAUUUAGAUUUCUCUUCCUCCCCUGUUUCUGUUUGAACCCACAUUUCACUUUCUCAAUUUACUCUGUCUGCUGCUUCUUAUUCGUCUUCUUCUCAAUGCGUGUUAUUAUCCAGCUUUAAACGCAGUUGUUCAUGGAUAUUCCUUCUGUAAUCGUAAAUGCCUUGUUUAUUUUUGCAUUCUCGAUGUGGGUUUUGCUUAACUCGUGUAAACGAGAGGUAGAGAGUGAAUCCUUUCAAUCGAGAAACAGAGCAUUUCGAGAGUUUAAAUGGGUAAUCAACAUUACUAUAUUUUGUAAUGCUGUUAUUCCAUUUUGGUAUUCUGGGUUUGUUGCCUAUGAAUUCUGGAAUCGUAGAAUCGUUUGUUGGGAAUCAGCUAUCUGUGCUUUAACGUGGGUUUUGGCCGCUGCGAUUGCUUUUUACUGGAGAAAUGGAAUGUAUCAUCAAGGCAAAAGAUGGCCGUUGAUUCUAAUUGUUUGGUGGGUUUUCUAUUGCUUAUAUGGGUUAGGUUCUUCGAUUAUUUAUUUGCUGGCCCACUUGAAAUCUAUAGAGUUUCCUCUUUUUCUUCCAAAAGCUACUAUUGUAGAUUUUGCUUCAUUCACUUUGUCUUUAAUUAUCUGUUGUUCUGCACUGACUGUUAACUAUUCCAAGAAACACAAUGAUCUUGAGAAGUCAUUGCUUCAAAAAGAGAAUGAUUGUUCUUCUGAAAAUGAUGGUGGUUUCAUCAAUCCUGGAUUAUGGAGUCGACUUACAUUCCAAUGGCUGAAUCCUCUCUUCAAAAGGGGGAGGAAUCAGAUACUUGAAUUAGCUCAUAUUCCUUGUGUACCUCAAUCUGAAACAGCUGAAUAUGCUUCCUCAUCACUAGAAGAAUCACUUCAAAGAAAGAAAGUUGAAUCUUCAUCCUUGCCCAAAGCUAUAGUUCUAGCCACAUGGAAAUCCCUGGUCUUAACUGCAACUUUUGCAGGAGUCAACACAUUGGCAUCCUUUAUGGGACCUAUCCUAAUUGCCAACUUUGUGAAUUAUCUGUUGGGAAAAAGUGAUGACUCAAGCAACCGUGAAGGGUUUAUUCUUUCAUUCUUCUUCUUCUUUGCUAAGACAUUGGAGUCUCUUACUCAAAGACAGUGGUAUUUUGGCACUCACCGUGUCGGUAUUCAGGUAAGGGCAGCUCUUACAGUGAUGAUCUACAAGAAAUCUAUAUCUAUUAAUGCUGCUGGUCCAAGCAAUGGUAAAAUCAUAAAUCUAAUAAAUGUGGAUGUUGAAAGAAUUGGAGACUUCUCCUGGUAUAUUCACAAGAUUUGGUUGCUUCCUGUUCAAAUAGCUCUAGCCCUUAUCAUCCUUUACAGGAAUCUUGGAGCUGCUCCUUCCAUUACUGCUCUUUUAGCCACAAUAUUUAUAAUGGUGAGCAACACACCUUUAGCCAAUGUUCAAGAAAGUCUACACUCGAAGAUAAUGGAUGCAAAAGACUCUAGAAUCAAAUUGACAUCAGAGACUUUAAAGAAUAUGAGAGUCUUGAAACUGCAUUCUUGGGAGCAGACAUUUUUGAAGAAGGUUUUGAAACUGAGAGAAGUUGAAAGAAGUUGGUUGAAAAGAUACCUCUAUACCUGCUCAGUUAUAGCAUUUCUCUUUUGGGUUUCACCAACUUUAGUUUCAGUAGUUACUUUUGGUGCCUGUGUUAUGAUGAAAAUCCCUCUAACAGCAGGCACAGUUCUAUCAGCCAUUGCUACAUUUCGUAUCCUACAAGAACCAAUUUAUAACCUACCAGAGCUAAUUUCCAUGAUUGCUCAAACAAAAGUUUCCCUUGACCGUAUACAAGAGUUCAUUCGAGAAGAAGAUCAAAGGAAACAGAUUUAUUAUCCUCCUUCCAAUGCAUCAGACGUUGCAAUCGAAAUGGAGGUGGGGGAGUAUUCAUGGGAAGCCAGUGAUCUAAAUUUUAAGAAACCAACUAUAAAAGUUGCAGAGAAGAUGCAAAUACCAAAGGGUUACAAGGUUGCAGUUUGUGGAUCAGUUGGUUCAGGAAAAUCAAGCCUACUUUGUAGUAUACUGGGUGAGAUCCCACAGGUUUCAGGAACACAAAUGAAAGUACAUGGAACUAAAGCUUAUGUUCCCCAAAGUGCUUGGAUCCAAUCAGGCACCGUAAGAGAGAAUGUGCUGUUUGGGAAAGAGAUUGACAAACAUUUUUAUGAGGAUGUGUUAGAAGCCUGUGCCUUGAAUAAGGAUAUCAAGUUGUGGCUGGAUGGAGAUUGUACUUUGAUUGGGGAGAGGGGGAUGAACUUAAGUGGAGGGCAAAAGCAGAGGAUUCAAUUGGCAAGGGCAGUCUAUAGUGAUGCAGAUGUUUACUUCCUGGAUGAUCCUUUUAGUGCUGUGGACGCAUGUACUGGAACACAUUUGUUCAAGAGAUGUCUUUUGCAACUUCUGUCUGGUAAAACUGUGGUAUAUGCUACUCAUCACUUGGAGUUCAUAGAAGCUGCAGAUCUUGUUCUGGUGAUGAAAAAUGGUCACACUGUUCAAUCAGGAAAGUAUGCAGAAUUAAUGUCGGACUCAAAUGGUGAACUUGCUAGGCACAUUGCAGCUCAUAGAAGAUCACUGAAUGGAGUUAAGCCAUUCAAAGAAGAAAAACCCCAUCAUAAAAGACCAUGUAAGACACAUCAGAUAGAAGCUCUAGAUGAAAAUUCUUCCCUUUCCCUUGGAAAUGGUGGCCACUCCGUAAGAGCUCAAGAAGAGGAAACUCAAACUGGUCGUGUAAAAUGGAGUGUCUAUUCAACCUUCAUCACAUCUGCUUACAAAGGAGCUCUUGUUCCUGUAAUCCUUCUAUGUCAAGUUUUGUUUCAAAUCCUUCAGAUGGGCAGUAAUUACUGGAUUUCAUGGGCAACAGAAGAAGAAGGCAAGGUCAGCAGAGAGAAGUUGUUAGGGAUCUUCAUUUUGAUGUCCUGCGGGAGCUCUGUCUUUAUAUUAGGCCGAGCCGUUUUGAUGGCAACCAUUGCUAUUGAGACUGCACAACGAAUGUUUCUUGGAAUGGUGACAUCAAUAUUUGCAGCACCAAUUUCAUUUUUUGAUGCCAAACCUUCAAGCCAAAUCCUUAACAGGUCUUCUACUGAUCAAAGCACUUUGGAUACAGAUAUCCCUUAUAGAUUAGGAGGAUUGGCUUUUGCACUCAUUCAGCUGUUGAGUAUCAUCAUCCUGAUGUCCAAGGUUGCAUGGCAAGUUUUCCCCCUCUUCCUUGUCGUCCUUGCCAUCUCUGUAUGGUAUCAGGGAUAUUACAUUAGUACUGCUAGAGAACUAGCUAGAAUGGUUGGGAUUCGGAAGGCUCCAAUUCUUCAUCACUUUUCUGAAACAGUCGUAGGUGCAACAAUUAUCCGUUGUUUCAAUCAAGAGGAUCGUUUUUUGACAAAAAUACUGAAGUUGGUUGAUGAUUAUUCUCGUGUGGUUUUUCACAACUCAACUUCAAUGGAAUGGUUGUGCCUGCGGAUAAAUUUUCUUUUCGACGUUGUCUUCUUUUUUGCUCUUAUCAUCUUAGUGACCCUUCCUAGAACAGCAAUUGAUCCAAGCUUAGCAGGAUUAGCAGCAACAUAUGGCUUGAACAUGAAUGUGCUUCAGGCUUGGGUUAUAUGGAAUUUAUGCAAUGUUGAGAACAAAAUGAUAUCUGUUGAGAGAAUUCUUCAGUUUACUAACAUUGCUUCUGAGGCGCCACCGGUUAUCAAAGAUUGUAGGCCAAUGCCAGAAUGGCCACAGGAGGGAAAGAUAGAACUCGAGAACCUUCAUGUCCAAUACCGUCCUAAUCUUCCAGUAGUUCUCAAAGGGAUCACUUGUACCUUUCCAAAAAAGAAGAAAAUUGGAGUUGUUGGCAGGACAGGAAGUGGAAAAUCCACCUUAAUCCAAGCACUUUUUAGAGUGGUAGAGCCUUCUGCAGGAAGGAUUCUCAUUGAUGGAGUUGACAUUUGCAAAAUUGGUCUACAUGAUCUAAGGUCUAGGUUGGGUAUUAUUCCACAAGACCCAACAUUGUUCCAAGGAACCAUGAGAACUAAUCUAGACCCUUUGCAACAACAUACUGAUCAAGAAAUAUGGGAGGUUCUUCACAAGUGUCGCUUUGCCGAGAUCAUCCGAACGGAUCACGCGGUCCUUGAAGCACCAGUUGCUGAAGAUGGAGAGAAUUGGAGUGUGGGACAGCGGCAACUUGUUUGCCUGGCCAGGGUGCUCCUCAAAAAACGUAGGAUUCUUGUGUUGGAUGAGGCAACAGCUUCCAUUGAUACUGCAACAGAAAAUAUAAUUCAGGAAACAAUAAGAGAGGAGACAAAUGGUUGUACUGUCAUUACCGUUGCUCAUCGAAUACCGACAAUUAUUGAUAAUGAUUUGGUUUUGGUUCUUGACGAAGGUAAGGUGAUCGAGUACGAUUCACCAUCUCGAUUACUCGAGAACAGUUCUUCUAUGUUUUCGAAGUUGGUGGCGGAAUUCUUGAGUAGAUCAUCCAAUAGUCACUCACAAUCUAUGGAGACUUUUGUUGAGACAGACGCAAACCGAAUAUGAACAUCAUGACUUUGAUCAAAUGUAAAGAUUGGAGGGGAAACAUUUGCUUGCUAAUACUAUGAGGUAACAAGAUAGAAACAACUGUUGAUUGGCUUGCACACUAACUGGAUAGGCUGAAGAUCCUGUAAAGUAAGAAACUUGAUACUCAUCCUCUUAAAGCAAUAGCAGAUCCAAGCAAAUACCAUUGACAAGCUUUCUAACAAUAGCUGAUGAGAUAGAUACAGAGCAUUACUAGUUGUUUAGGUGUUAACCACAGUCUUUUUACUAUUAUUUUUUUUCUUAAUGUAAUUGAAAGUGUGUUUCAUUUCAUUAUUAAUGUAUUAGUGAACUCCUGCCUGCAUAAUAAAAGUUUUAUGCCACAGAGCAGUUAAUGUUAUUACUUGAUCUUUCCAAAUCC